CAACCUGUUACUCCCUAUUUUAAUACCCUCAAACACUGAAGGUUCUCUAAUUCACAACUCAUUUUCAAGAAACAAGAAUCUCACUCACUGUGUGAGAGAGAAACACCCAUCUGUCAAAUGGGGUCACUUAGAAAUGUGAGUGCAGAUUUUUAACUUUUCCUUUGAAUGCAUUCUGCCAUUUUUUUUCAUGGUCUCAGAUAGAUGCAGAGAGAGUUUCCAUAGACAAAAAAUUGGAAUGAAACAUGUUGUAGUUGUUGUGAUCACAUUACAACAAGACAACAACAACAACAGCAUAUAUGCAUACAAACCACAACAAACACAACCUUGUUAGAGCAACAACAAAACUCAAGAUUCUUCUCAAAUGGCCUCUUCCUCUCAUUCCAAAAUCCCAAUCAUUUUCACCCUUGUUUCUUUCCUCUUAAUCCUUUCUGCCUCCUCCUCCUCCUCCUCCCUCCCGGCCACCCCGGGAGGCCGGAACCAGACUCUUCGGCCGCAGGAGGAGCUCAACAAGCUGAAGAGGAUAAGGAGCUAUCUAAGGAAGAUCAACAAGCCUUCUGUCAAGACAAUUGAGAGCUUUGAUGGAGAUAAGAUUGAUUGUGUCCCAUCUCAUCUUCAGCCAGCUUUUGAUCACCCUAAGCUCAAAGGCCAGAAGCCAUUGGAGCCGCCGGAGAGGCCUAAAGGGCGCGGUGGAAAUGAGUCGGAUUCGGAUACGCUGCAGGCUUGGUUGGAGGCAGGGGAAUCAUGCCCUAUUGGGACAGUUCCAAUAAGAAGAACUACUGAGAAGGACGUGUUGAGGGCUAGCUCCCUUCGUAGAUUUGGUCGAAAGAUCAAGCGCGUUCGCAGAGAUACAACGAGCAGUGAUCAUGAGCAUGCUGUGGCAUUUGUGAAUGGUGAUGAGUACUAUGGAGCAAAGGCAAGCAUAAACGUGUGGGCGCCGCGCGUGACAGACCAGUACGAAUUCAGUCUGUCACAACUAUGGGUGAUUUCUGGCUCAUUUGGGAAUGAUCUCAACACCAUUGAAGCUGGCUGGCAGGUUAGUCCAGAGCUUUAUGGUGACAACUAUCCUAGAUUCUUCACAUAUUGGACGACGGAUGCAUACCAAGCAACGGGUUGCUACAACUUGCUGUGCUCGGGUUUUGUCCAGAUAAACAACAAGAUUGCUAUUGGUGCAGCUAUAUCUCCAAGGUCAAGCUACAAAAACAGACAGUUUGAUAUUGGCCUAAUGGUUUGGAAGGAUCCCAAGCAUGGGCAUUGGUGGCUGGAGUUCGGGUCAGGGCUACUAGUCGGCUACUGGCCUUCGUUCCUGUUCAGCCAUCUACAAAGGCAUGCCAGCAUGAUCCAGUUUGGUGGGGAGAUAGUGAACAGCAGAUCAACGGGGGCCCACACGUCAACGCAGAUGGGGAGUGGCCACUUUGCUGAUGAGGGGUUUGGGAAGGCCUCCUAUUUCAGGAACUUGCAAGUGGUGGAUUGGGACAAUAGUUUGAUCCCUCUGAAUAAUCUGCACCUUUUGGCUGAUCAUCCAAGUUGCUAUGAUAUUAGAGCUGGGAAGAACAAUGCUUGGGGGAAUUAUUUUUACUAUGGAGGGCCAGGGAGGAAUGGUAGGUGUCCAUGAAUUAUCAAGAAAAGGAUGAUCAUUGAUCAUGAUGUUGUUAUAUAGCCAUGUAGAGAUAAGAUAGCCAACAUUUUGGUGUUUUGGUUUUUGGGUUUUUUUUUGGUUUUGAUUCUUUGUGAGAUUCUAACAUGUUGCAAGUUCCCCCAAUGAAGACUUCAUGUAAAUGUUUUUGAGUUAAGAGGAGAUGAUGAAAUAGAAGAUUUUGUAUU